UUUGUGCUCCAUGACCUUAACUAAAUUAUUAUCACAACGUGUAGUUUUAUCAAAAACACCAAUUUUGCAAACAUGCCUGUUGAUACCAAAAGAAUUACCGGGCCAGAAACAUCUUUAAGCCCAUAUUCAUUCUGCAAACCAAAGGAAACGAAACUUCUGGUAAAUGAUAAUCAAGAAAGACAUGAUGGCAGAAAUGCAGACAAAAUUAGACCAAUAUUUUUGAAAACUGGAGUUGUAAGUCAAGCUCAAGGUUCAGCAUACAUUGAGCAAGAUGGGACCAAGGUCAUCUGUGCAGUGUAUGGACCUAGAGCAGUGAUUAGAAAGGAGGAGUUUAGCAUGAAAGGCCAGCUAAGUUGUGAGUUUAAAUUCACAACUUUCUCGUGCGCACGACGUAGACAGUAUCAACAAGACACUGAGGAGAAAGAUUAUUCUGUACAAUUGUUAGAAGCUCUAGAACCAGCUGUGUUGCUGCAUAAAUUUCCGAAGGCUCAAGUGAAUAUAUACGUGACUGUGCUUCAGAAUGAUGGAAGUGCAUUGGCUGCGUCAAUAACUUGUGCUUCUGUAGCAAUGGCAGAUGCAGGCGUAGAGAUGUACGACCUUGUUACAGGUUGUUCUGCUAGGCUAGCUGGUGACCUGUUAUUGUUAGAUCCCUGUACACAUGAGGAAUAUUCAUCAAAGGAGCAUUCGGCAGUAAACAAUGGCAGUGUGACAGUAGGUUUGAUGCCUUCAUUAAACCAGAUAUCUGCUGUGACAUCAAAAGGGGAAAUACAGUUUGAACACAUGAAAAUGGCAAUAUCAAAAUGUGUAGAUAUGUGCGUUCUGCUAUACCCAGUCUGUCAGGAAAGUUUGGUCAAGUCAGUCAAUACCAGUAUAAAAGAAAAUACCUGAAAAUGUGGGAUAUACAAAACAACAUGUGUUCAUGAGAGAGUGUGGUACUACAGGUAGAAUUGAGCUUAAAUUGCUCAAUGGGGUGUAAAAAAGGACAACAGUAAUCUAAAGACAAUAACUGAAAAGUAGAGGAAUCCUUGAAACUGUCUUAAUUUUUUUUGCCUUUUUUUAUAGCUCACUAGAGCACAUGAUGUUCAAGGUGAAAUAUUGUGAUCACCAACUGUCUGUUGCCCAAUGUCUUUCCGCUCUUGUUUCACUGUUUUCUGAUCUUAAGGUUAAGCUCAUAAAACAAAUGGGAAGUCUAAGGUUGGUCAUGGCAAUAUAGUGUAACUGUAAUAGUUACUAGUUAGUAAAUUGUGAAAAUUGUGAAACAGUCCACGCCUUUGCUAUUAUGAAUUUUUAAAUGUGUUAAAAAUUCAAAAUUAUGAAAAAUAAAUAAAAACAUUCACAUGUUAAUUCUGAAAUAUAAAAGAAUGGACAUGUAAUACAAUUUAUUACAACUGCAGUCUGAUUAAGUGUAUUUAAUGAAAUGGAAAGAAUAAAUGACUAAAAUGUAAGUUUGAUCUAUAGUAUCUUUAUUAAAUACAAAAUGUAUUGUACUGAAAUUCA